AUGGACCCAGGACUGCAGCAAGCACUCAACCCACUGGCCCCUCCUCAAGACACAGCCAUGCAUGUGCCCGCAGGCUCCGUCACCAGCCACUUGGGAACCACUAGCCGCGGUUAUUUCUAUUUCACCACAGCCUCACUGGCUCUGUGUCUCGUCUUUGCUGUGGCAACCAUUAUGGUGUUGGUAGUUCAGAAGACGGACUCCAUUCCCAACCCGCCGGGCAAAUUCCAUCUUAAAGGAGGGAAUUGUUCAGAGGACAUCUCAUGUAUCCUGGAAAGGGCUGCAUUCAAGAAGUCAUGGGCCUACCUCCAAGUGUCAAAGCAUAUAAACAAAACCAAGUUGUCUUGGAACAAAGAUGGCAUUACCCGUGGAGUCAGAUAUCAGGAUGGGAAUCUGGUGAUCCAGUUCCCAGGUUGGUACUUCAUCAUCUGCCAACUGCAAUUUCUUGUGAAAUGCCCAGAACAUUCUGUCGACCUGAAGCUGGAGCUUCUCAUCAACAGAGAUGUGAAAAAACAGACACUGGUGACGGUGUGUGAGUCUGGAGUGCAAACCAAAAACAUAUACCAGAACCUCUCGCAGUUCCUGCUGGAGCACCUCCAGGUCAACGCCACCAUAUCAGUCAAGGUGGAUAAAUUCCAGUAUGUGGAUACAAACACCUUUCCUCUUGAGAAUGUGCUGUCCAUCUUCUUAUACAGUAGUUCAGACUGA